AUGAAGCGAUCACUUGCAGAAGAGCUGGCUGUGGACGGGGGGCUAACCCAAGCGAAAGCCUCAAAGCCGAACAAGGAGGACGAACACAGUCAGCUUUCGCAGAGUACAACAAGUUCAAGCGGCAAUUCACAAGAGAUCUUGCAAUCCCCUUCUCGAAGCACUUCAUGCAAGCAAGAAGCUGAAGAUGUUGAUACAAACUGGAGAGGAACAGAAGCCGCUGCGCCAAAUGAUAAUGCAGAUAUCGCGCUCGAGCCAACCAACUCUUGGAGCAGCAACGUCGGAGCGGAGACUGGGAAAGCCCCGGCAUCGGAAAUGCAGGAAGCGGAAGGCAGUGCCGGCAUCCGGCUGCAUGACGAGACUGUUAAUGUGCUCCUGCAGAAGUUGUUGCGCAAUGCAGAUUUCCAGCAACUGGCAAAGCAUUUGCUGGGGGCCGCGGACGGCGGGCUACCCCAAGCGAAAGUCUCAAAGCCGAAGACUGCAGAAGUCUGCGGUCAGGGUUCAGAAAAUACAAGUAGCUCAAGUCGCGGUUCAGGCUCCGUUGCGUAUGUGCCACGAGAUUCAGAUUCACUUGCUGAACGGGAGAUCUGGCAAUCCCCUUCUCAAAGCACCUCAUGCAAGCAAGAAGCUGAAGAUGCUACCAGAAACUGGAGAGGAACAGAAGCCGCAGCACCAAAUGACCAUGCAGAUAUCGCGCUCGAGCCUAACAACCCAUCUGGGAAAAAUGACGUUGGAGCGAAGAAUGGGACAGCCCCGCCAAUGCCGGGGAUCCAGGAAGCGGAGGGAGCGGAAGGCUCUGCAGGCAUCCGGGUGUAUGAGGAGACUGUUGACUCACUCCUGCAGAAGCUGCGCAAUGAGGAGUUCCAGCAAAUCGCAAAGCAAUUGCUGCACAAAAAAGGCAUGAGGCUCGACAACAUGCUGCCGAGAAUGGCGGUGGAAAUAUUCCUGCAAAGGUACUCCAAUUCUGAGCGUGCCGACCAUUACUUCACGCACGAACAGACACGUCAAGGUGUUAUUGCGACGCUGGUGACGCCGUCUUUCUUUGGUUCCAGUUUUCGGGGUCCUGCCAUGUACACGCAGACUCAAGCCGAAAUAUCCGCCUGCCAGCUCUUCGUCACGGAUAAAUACGUCCUCGAGGCUGCUGAGUGGCUACCGCCUCCAAUGGAGACCAUUCGUAAGCGGGUUGCCCUCAGCAAACACCAGAAACAAGUGCUUCGUGAGAGGGGCUAUGACACCACCGUGGUUCAGCGCGACCUGCUUAACUGUGUGUAUGCAGGUUUUCGAUCGCUCGGCUGCCGCAGCGCGAUAUUCGACAACAAUGCUUGA